CACCACAAUUUUUACAGAAACUUACCCCCUUCAUUCAUAAUUUUUUACGCAAUCAAGUAUACUUUUCAAAUAUAGCUAGGUGUCAAUUUUCCAGGCCGUUCUGCCUGUCUCGACUGACCCUCAACAUUUUGUGGUGUCACACGAAUCGUUUUCAGUCCUAAAUUAGCCACGUUAGCGUGACCGGAGACGGAGCGUUUGUCAGAAAUGGCGCACUCCCUUCGACAACUGAAUAUUUCGCCACUUGAACGAAAUACAGCAGAGUUCAAUGCUUUCUUGGCUGAGAUUGCCGACCAAAUAACAGAAGAAGAGUUAGAGGAAAUGAAAUUUCUCUGCGGCGGAAAAAAAUACGGUAAUUGUUUACCACGAGGAAAGCUCGCUGCUAUCAAAACCCAACGCGAGUUUUUGAGCUUCUUACGCCAUCACGACAUAAUCUGCCCAGAAGACGUGUCCUAUUUGGUAUGGCUACUUAGAAAAGUCGGAUGCAAUGAGCUAGCCGCUUCAAUCGAGGAACAAGGUAUACCAUCGUUGCCGGGUGGUUUACCUCGAGAUCUUCCAUAUUUAACCGCACACUUUGUUGGGAGAGACGCGGACGUAGAUGAAAUCGUAAAGAAACUGCAGACCUUUCGUAUGGUUGUUCUUCUUUCUAUCCCAGGAAUAGGGAAGACUGAAGUGGGAAUCCGUGUAAGUCACUUGUUAAAGCAGAGGGGAGACCAGUUUGUAACACAUAUUCGAGUGGAGAGUCAUCAUCAGAAGCUCAUAAACAUCUGCAGUGAGAUUCUUGAUCGACUGAAUAGUCGCACAUAUUCGGAAACCGCUAAUUUUAUGUCUCUUGCGAAGCGUAAACUAUCGGAGCGAAAUAUUCCAACUGUCAUUGUACUUGACAAUACAGAGAAUAUACAGGGCGAGGAAUUUGAUGAAUUCACUAGAUGGCUCGUAAAAUCUGCCCCGAAUGUAAAGUUGAUGAUCACAACUCGAAGACAUGUUGGAUUCGUGUCGCCAGACGUUUGUAAGUUUCCUCUUAAACCUUUGGAUCUCGACUCGUCUGCUAAACUGCUUCGGAGUCUUGUUGAUGACUGUAGUGAGGAACACUCCAAGGAACUUGCUAAAUUAUGUGGUGGGAUACCACUCCUUCUUGUGACCUGUUCUGACUUGAUGAACAAUGGUUUUAGUCGCGAGCUGUUAAUCCAACAGCUCGUGAAUAAUCCCAUACAAUUUUUCAGGAUCGGUGCGAAAGAUGUUUAUAGCACGCUGAAAGUAUUUUUUGACAAUUUUUCGGACGAGGUCAAAGAAAAUCUUGUCCUUUUUUCUGUUUUCCCAUCGGAGUUCACAGCCCAAGACAUUAAGUUUCUUUUUGAAGAUCCUUUACUCUGUGAAACAGUGAAGACCACGAUGGUCAAGUAUGCUCUUCUUCAGAGGGACGCCGAUGGAAAGAUGAGGAUGCAUCCUUUGAUCCAAGACUACUUCCGGACAGAGAAUGAAUCACUAGGUAAGGGUGACCUGUGGCGCACCACUAAGCGUAAAUUUAACCGUCAUUACCUUGGUCAGCUGAGAGUCUUGAGCGAAGAUUUUAUUAGCAAAGAUUUAGCUUCGGUUGCUAUCCGUAAGUUUCGUCAGCAGAAAGCGAACAUCAUGGAGGCGCUGAAGAAUUGUCUAGAAGACUCUAGCGAUUUAGAUGACAAACAUUUCGUUUUAGACGUCGUUAACGGUACAGAAGUGCUGGAUUUUGUAGCAAAAGUUCUAACACCCCCUAGAGAAUGCACAGUGCUGUACCAGAAAUGCUGUGAUAUUGCUGAAGCGUCCGGCGACAAGAAGAGGCAUGCAGAGAGCUUGAAUUCACUGGGAUUCCGUCGUCUCUGUGACGUGUCUCACAGCAAAGACAGCCCAGAAGAAAACAAAGUCACACUUGCAAAGUUUCAGGAAGCAUAUGACAUGCGCAGGACAUUACCAGAGGAGGAACAAAAGUCCCAAACGCAUGCACACACAGCCAGUAAGCUCGGAGUAUGUUUUGUAUUGCAGGGAAAAGAGAAAAAAGGACGAGAGCUCAUACAGGAAGGAAUUUCAAUAAGAAGUUCUUUAAGUGGUUGUUUGUAUGUUGCUGCAGGAUACUGUGACCUUGGAAUUUCUUAUCGACUGUGUGGUGAUCAUCAAAAAGCAAUCGCUAUAUGGAAAGAGAAUACCCUUCCAGUUUACGAAAAGCAGCUUGGUGACCACCCCUGGACAGCUUCAAUUUUGUCCUACAUUGCUGACUCGUACAAGUCCCUUGCGGCCAAAGGCUCUGAGCGAAAUGAGCGAGAUUACAUCGACCAGGCAGAGAAGUACCUCAGGAAGGCUCAAGAGCUACGAAAGAGGCUGUUGGGUCAUCAUCAGGACACAGCUCGUUCGGGCGUUCAGCUUAGCGAUGUCUUAGUUCUUCAAGAACGAUUCGAUGAGGCUUUGAAGGAGCUCGACGAGGCCUUGGUAAUUCAAAACGAUAUUCUGGGCCCCGACCACAAGAUCACGAAGGAUACUGUGAGCAAAAGGAGUGAUGUGAUAGACAAACGAGGAUCAAAUCCUCGUUAAUUGCGUAUUCUCAAAACCGAAACUCGAGAUAAACCUCUUGGGUCUUGGUGAACAGACUGAAGUCUGUAUACAAAACUUAGGCCAACCAGUAUCUCAUCAGUGUUGCCAGGAAAUCUUCUUAAUUCUUUGGCAUGUUGUCAAAAUCAAGUUUUUGCCUUCUUUUAUCAUUUUUACGUACGACUUUUACAGUUGGGUUCAUCCCUAUCGUGUGUAUUGUGUUUUGGUAUUGUGUAUUGACAUACCAAAAAUUAAAGCCUAUUGUUACUCUUCAAGAGAAAAUUACUUCAGUUAUUGCUAAAAGGCCUUCCAAUGCUCAUACUUAACACAUAGGGAUUUAAAAUUAUUGGAUUUUCCUAUUAUUCUUUUGUUUCAAAUCGAGAAGUUUAUGGAGCACAAUUCAAGGAGUCAUCGUGCAAAUAAUCAAAUAUAGUUAACCCUGAUUUGUACUUAUUCCUAGACGAGAGAAACUCAGCCAUGAAAUAUUUAAUGUCAGGACAGGCAUCAACCUAAAGUUAAUUUCAUCCAUUUUUCUUUUCUUCAAACAGAACCUGAGCAACCUACUCCCGAUAGAUUUUUACUUGAUUUUCAUUGGUCAGAAUAUGUGUGAGAUGUGAAUUUCAUUAGCUAGUUAACAACUCUUCAGAUGAAGGUGGCUAUUGGUGGAUUUUACCACCAUCGCUGGACAUCGACACUACGUUGAAUAGUAGUUUUAGUAUAUCCUCAAACAGUGAGAUGAUAAGGCACAAUAUGAUUGGCUGAAAAUAAGUGCAAUUUUCAUGUAUCAAGGGUGUAAGGUUGUAACACUGGUUACAUAGUGUCAUGACGAAUUUUUGUCUCGAUUUUUGCAUCCGCUUAAAACUUCAAAACUGUCAAAUUUCGUCAGAGCUUGAUCUGCUCAUGAGACUAGCUGGCAGAGUUUACCAACGGACUCAAACUCCAGUUUCAGGAUUCAUCGGACGUCGUUUCAAAGUUUUAAAAUCCACGAGUUUCGCGACAAAAAAAGUUAAUGCCUGAAAAAAAAGUUAAGAGGGUUAGUUCAUCGGGUUCCGUAUACGAAAUCUCGGGAGAAACUGUAAGAA